AUUUUAAUCUUUUUUAGAGUAAAAGGUUCCUGCUAUUUGAAUGAUGUUAGGGUUUGAAAUGAUACUCAGUUUAAUGACGUAAGAUUGUGGGAACAGUUUCAACAACAAUAAUAAGACGAACAUCGGUCCAAGAAACUGAAGUGAAUCGAAAUGCGAGCCAGCCUAGCUAAAAGCUUUAAAAACACAUGCUGCCCAUAGCUCCAAUCUAUUGGCAAUCAAGGUAGGACAGAAUUGCUUGCCAUAUUGGUAGCUUUGAAAUCGAUGUAAGCAUUGGCUAAGUCUCCUAAAUCUCCAUGAAAAUAAAAUGAUUCAAAAAAUAAAAGGGAGAUUCUCGCCAGAUGUCUCCCUCUCUCGUCUUAUCUUUUCCCAGUUCUCGUGAUCUCUGUAUUUUAACUGCGUAGCUGCCAAUGAAAGCUACCGCGCAACCCCUACCACUUUCUCAGUGCAUGUACCAACUCACCUAUAAAUACCCCCUCACACUUAUCCCGAAAUCAAAUUCAAGCUCCCUUUGUCCUUUGCAAUUUCAGAAUCUUUCAACACCCGGUACCAAAUUUUAAGUCUUUCAAAUGGGUUUCUAUCAGUUAGCCAAAACAAUGCCUCUUGUUAUUGUACUUAUUUACCUAAGCUUAGCUGAUGUUUGUCUUGGAGCAAGAAAGCUAACCUCUCUAUACCAGCCACCGCCCAUGGCCCUGACUUACCACAAAGGGGCAUUGCUUGAAGGAAAUCUUCCUGUCUCUAUUCUUUGGUAUGGUGAAUUCUCACCAGCUCAGAGAUCCAUCAUUGCUGAUUUUCUACUUUCUCUCAAUCCACAACAGGAACACUUGGGUCCCUCCCCUGCAAAACCCUUAGUAUCUCAUUGGUGGAACACUAUCCAAACUUAUAUGAAAAGAGCUGGCAGAAGCGAUGCCCGUAUUGUCUUGGCAAGCCAAGUCACUGAUAGGAACUGCUCCCUCGGCAAAAUUCUUAAAAGGUCCCAAAUUUCCAGGCUGGCUAGACGAGUCCACUUGAAAGCUGGUGGAUUAACUCUAGUCCUUACAGCCAAAGACGUGGCUGUCGAAGGCUUUUGCACGAGUAACUGCGGGUUUCAUAGCUCAAACGCCAAGGAAAAAUCCGUCUUUAUCUGGGUUGGAAACUCAGUGACUCAAUGCCCAGGCAAUUGCGCGUGGCCAUUCCACCAACCCAUUUACGGACCACAAACUCAGCCACUCGGUGCCCCCAAUGGAGACGUGGGUGUGGAUGGCAUGAUCAUAAACAUAGCUGGUCUUUUGACCGGGGCUGUGACUAAUCCAUAUGGAAAUGGCUAUUUCCUGGGCUCGGAUGGCGCUCAGCUUGAAGCAGCAUCGGCUUGCCCAGGAGUGUAUGGUAAAGGGGCGUACCCUGGAUAUGCUGGAGAGCUGUUAGUGGAUCGAACCACUGGUGCCAGCUACAAUGCACAAGGCAACAAUGGAAGGAAGUACUUGUUACCAGCCUUGUUUGACCCUGUUACUUCUCAGUGUUCAACGCUUGUGUGAGGGCGAUUUUACUUUGCAUUGUCUAUUAAUCUGCCCUAAUAUAUGUAAAUAAAUUUUAAUAUCGUUAUUAUU